UUCGGCGGCUCUUUGCGUUGCUCGCGCGCCCAAGAAGCCGAAAGUCGUCAGGAACAGCGCACCAUCCAAUCAGCCCAGCCAGCCAGUGAUUCGCAAAAUGUGGUUCGCGUCCUUUUCACUUUUCGCCGUCGUCCAGCUCUGCCUGGCCGACACAAAAGAUUAUCUCGAAAUCCCUGAGUACGUGAAGCAAUGCAAUGCCAGCAACCCCAAGUUGAUCGAAUGCCUCAAGGAAUCACUGGUGCACCUGAAGCCUUACCUGGCCAAAGGAAUCCCGGAGAUCGAACUGCCAUCGGUCGAACCUUUCCUUAUGGACGAACUCUCGCUUUCACUCUCGACUGGCCCGAAAGGAUACAAGAUUACCUUGAAGGAUCUCAAGAUUUACGGCGCGACCGAGUUCAACGUGCGAAAAAUCAGAUUGGGCGAAGGCGAGAAGCCGUUUGAGGCGAGGCUGCGCAUCCCGAAGCUGCACAUUGACGCGCGCUACACCAGCUCCGGCGUUCUGUUCAUCCUUCCUGCUCUCGGCGGCGGCACCUUCAACGCUGAUUUCCAUGACGUCUACGCUGAUGUGAGCGGAAUCGCGGAAAAGAGAAUCUCCAACCAGACCGGACAGGACGAGACUUACUUGACGAUUCGUGACUUGAACGUUGAGCUGAACGUCAAGAAUGUGCAGAUGGCUGUCAAGAAGGUUUUCAAUAACAACCGCAUUCUCACUGAAGGCACGAAUCUGUUCCUGCGCGAGAACGGCCACGAGGUGCUGAAGCACAUGCAGCCGCAGCUCAAGCGCAAAAUCUCGGCGCUCUUCCUUGACGUCGCCAACAGGUUACUCACCCACGUGCCGAUUCGCGUCUUCCUCGUCGAAUAAGUUGGCAGAUUGUUUGUUUACAAACUGUGAUGCGCACAUCAUCUUUUUUAGCUAGUUCAGUUCUCAUUGUGUAUCGCUUUCUCAUUCAUAAUUAAGGGUCGGAUCGAUCAUCUUCACUCACGAUCCGACUGCGUGUGUGCCGGUGUAUUGUAUUCUACGCUUGUUAAGCUGCUGUCAUUUUUACUGUUCAUUGUUUGUUUGUGUACUCUAUUGUAAAUAAAUUUAUGGUAAACUAGAAA